AUGGCGACGAAGGCUGAUAUGGCUCCUCCGACGGAGCUUCCUCUGGAAGCAUUCAAGCUCCUGCCCAACAAUACGGAUAAAAAUUGGAUCAAGGACAAGGGGUUGCGGAAGCUGAAUCUUGGGAUUCUGUUUAUGUUCUCGACUGCUUCUUCGUCGGGUUAUAUUGCCAGUCUAGUUAACAGCCUGCUGGUACUACCUCAAUUUGCCAUGAUAAUGGGUGGAUUGAAUCCCAAUAUAGUGGGUUUAAUCAUUGCCGGUACCUCUUUGGGAGCCUUUCUAGCCUUCGUGCCAGCGUCAUAUAUUGCAGACAGGUAUGGACGAAAGAUCUGCGUGGGAAUCGGGUGCUGUCUCAUCAUCGUCGCAACGAUCAUUCAAACCAUUCUCAAGAGUCACUGGGCUUUCUUUGGUAUGAGAGUGCUGUCCGGUAUGGGCAUGGGCAUUUCCCAAACUGCUGCGCCUCUCUUGAUUACUGAGGCUGCACACCCACGUCAACGACAAACUGCGACCGCUUUCUACAAUGUCACUUGGUGUCUGGGGGCUAUCGGCGCAGCAGCCGUGACAUAUGCAACUAUUGCCCUCGAAAACAGCUGGUCAUGGCGUAUUCCUUGUUUGUUGCAGGUGGCAUAUCCGAUCAGUCAGUUAUUUGGACUAGUUUUCUUUAUGCCGGAGAGUCCUCGGUGGCUUAUAUCAAAAGGCCGGAAAGAUGAGGCGUUGGUCAUUCUGGCCAAGUACCAUGCGAACGGAAAAAUGAAUGAUGAGUUGGUUCAGCAUGAAUUCUGUCAGAUUUGUGAUACCAUCAAUGCCGAAGCGGCCCAGUGGAGGAGCUGGAAAUCCUUCUUCUCGUCAAAAGGCGACGUGCAUCGAUUGACGAUUUGUGUACUGGUUGGACUAAUGCAAGAGUGGGCUGGAAAUGGUACGUUACCCGAAGCCCUAAAAGACCACAUGUUGAUAUAUCCAGGUAUUCUAUCAUAUUACCUCGCACCCAUUCUCGCAUCAGUGGGGAUCACCAAAUCAGCAGACCAAGCCGCAGUCAACGUGAGCCUACAGGCUUGGAACUUCCUCCUCUCGGCAGUAGGAGCGUUGGCUUCAGAGCGAUACGGUCGCCGUAUCCUAUGGCUCUUGUCCACGGCCGGGAUGCUGCUAUUCCUCUCGCUAGCCACACUGCUGGCUGGCUUAUCUACAGAACAGCACCUCACAGCUGCAGGAAUAGCCGUGGUGCCAUUGCUGUUUAUCUUUUUCGGGUGCUAUGACAUGGCGUAUGCACCUCUUUUCAUCUCGUAUCCAGCUGAGAUCCUACCGUUUCAACUGCGUGCCAAGGGCCUUGCUGUUACAUUGUCGGUGGAUGCUGCUGCAUGCUUCUUCAACCAAUAUGUGAACCCCGUGGCGUUCACUGCGCUCCAGUGGAAGUACUAUUCUGUGUAUAUUGGCUGUCUGGUUGUAUUCCUGGGGCUUGUGUACUUCCUCUUCCCUGAAACGAAGGGCAGGUCGUUGGAGGAGGUUGCCAUGAUUUUUGACGAGAGCGAAGAGGAAACGCCAGACCGUGAAAAACCGGCGAUGUAG